AUGUCGCAGAUGUCGCCCAUCCACCCAACGUUCGCUCGCCACGUCGAGUGCGCCUGCACCACCUGCACCAGUCUGCGUGAUGUGCGCGCCGGCGUCACCACUAUCCCAAUACAGCACAUGGCAGCCAUGUAUGGCGAGCAAGACGCCGCCAACAGAAUCAUCACAGCGGAUCACCUUCUUGGUGAGGCACAAGAGCUCCUUCGCCGCAAACAUGUUCCAGGCUCCUACUCGACCGCCGCCGACCAGCGCAACCACGUGUCUGCGUCGCCACCCAAGUCCGCACGCGACAGCGCUAUCUCAAUCAUCCGCGAUGCAACCGAGAACAGGAUGAGUCCUGUCCACAGUCGCCAGGUUACGAACCCAUGGCAGAGCGCAGGAUCGCCGCCAGCCAGUACCAGCAACAAGACCGCCACCAACUUCGAGGACGUCGUACGCUCACGAGCUGCAGAGCUAGGCAUUUUGCGCGCUGAGCAUGCUCCCGCAUCCGCACCUGUCAUUAACAUCUCACCACCACAAGUCCCCGUCAACAUCAACGAUACCAAGAACACACUCAAGGAGAAGUCCCAAUUCAUUGUCUGUGAUCACUGCCGCAGCCAUGGCAUCCGCUGCAACGAAGCCUCCGUCUGCAAAGAGUGCAUCCUCCGCCAAGUUCCCUGCACCCACCGCCAAUGCGAUCUUAGCCCCGACAGCAAGGAAGACUGCCCACGUCAAGUCUGCUUCUACGUCCACAGCGACUACAUGCCUGACGUCUACGGUAGCCACGAUCCAAAAUGCCCAAAUUGGAUCAUCCUUCCAGGCAAGCUCCGCGACCACCUCUCGGCCGGCCAGCUCGGAAAGCAGAACACCAAGAGUGAGAAGGAGGUCAUCGCCGCAUACCACGGCGUCACCCAGCGUCAACAAGAAGCAAUCAAGGCCAUGGCCGGCUGUGUGGCGACAGGCCUUGCUACUUGGGAGACCGUCGCCAUGCAGUGCGCCUGUGUGGAAAUCGAGCGAGAGGAGCAGCGUACCCGAACUGCAGAGGACAACCUGCGUCGGCUCGGGGAGCUGAGGAUGUCACAGCCGGGUGAGCUUAGCCUGAACGGCCGUCCUUUGACUGGGAGCCUGUGA